AAUAAACUUUCAGCGUGGAAAAAACGUGUGCUUCGGAAAAUGUGUUGUGUUUGUUGGUUAGAAAACUGGAGGGAGCUUUUAAAAACAUGAGUUUGACUGAUUUCAAGGCCUGUUACUUCACUCAAAUGCCUAAAAUUUUUAAGGAAGAAACAUAAUUAUGAAGGAGGCACCAAUAUGGAAACAAGCUCUGGUGCAAAUAGCAUCAGGUGGUUCAGCAGGGUUUGUGGAGAUAUGUAUUAUGCAUCCAUUGGAUUUGGUCAAAACUAGGCUGCAAUUACAAGGUGUUCCAAGGCAUCAAGUUAUUAAGAAAGAUAUGACUUCCUACUCAGGAAUUAUUGACUGUUUCCGGAAGAUGUAUGUUACUGAAGGACCUACCUCCUUCUGGAAAGGAAUACUACCUCCAAUAAUUGCUGAGACUCCAAAGAGAGCCAUCAAGUUUUGCUCAUUUGAGCAAUACAAGCAGUUUUUCAUGUUUGGAUCACCUACAGCUACACCAUUAACAUUUAGUCUGGCAGGUUUGGCAGCUGGCUUUACAGAGGCUGUGGUUGUGAAUCCAUUUGAAGUGGUGAAAGUAACAAUGCAAGCUAAUAAAAAGAAAAGUAUUGAGGCUCCUAGCACUUGGUUGGUCACCAGGAAUAUAAUCAAGGAGAAUGGGUGGGGUUCGAGAGGGUUGAGCAAGGGAAUAACAGCUACUUUAAUGAGGAAUGGUGUUUUUAACUGUUUUUACCUAGGAUUUUAUAACUCUGUCAAAAAUGUUGUUCCUCCAAUGGCUGACCCAGUUCAUGAAUUUGGGAGGAAAGUUUUGAUUGGAUUUGUUUCUGGCACAGUCGCAUCAUGUUUAAACAUUCCAUUUGAUGUAGCAAAGUCAAGAAUUCAAGGACCACAACCCGUUGAGGGUGAAAUUAAAUAUUCUGGAACUUUGAGGACAAUGGAAAUGGUUUACAGAGAAGAAGGUAUGUUAGCUUUGUACAAAGGUUUAUUGCCAAAAAUACUGCGUCUUGGUCCUGGUGGAGCAAUCAUGCUGGUUGUAUAUGACUAUAUGUCUGAAUUUUUGAGCGAGCAAUUUUAAGAGAUUGAAAACGCACAGGAAACUACAAGAAAUCUUCAUUUUAUUCCAUAUUUUUAUUACUGUGAUACACGGGCAUUUUGUGUUUUUAAUUUACAGAGUAUAUUAUAUUAUUGUGCAUAUUACAACAUUUUGGUUUCACAUAUGGUUUAUUGUUAUGUUAUUGGUGUAAAGUUAAAUAAAAUGGCAGUAUAUUGGUUUAA